AUGUACGCAAGUGAAUUAUCGUUGAAAACACCAGCGAUGUCCAAAAAUGAAGUAACAUCGCUAUUUGAUAAUAAUAUCAGAAGAACAUUGUUUUCUGAUCUCAAUGGAAGAUUUCAGAAUCUAUCAAAUUUGUCUACGGUGACAAAUACAUUGACUCCGACAAUCAAUAGUGAAAUGAAUAAUAGUCUCGAUACAUCGAAUCCAUGGCAAUUUCGGCCAAAAGCUGGAUGUAGUUACCUAAAGCCACUUUCGUGCGAACACUUACAUACACACAUCAAGCAUCAAUUCACUAAUGAUAAAAAACAUGCAUACUACAGCAUAUGUUGUUCAACUCAUGGACAAAUUGGUCGUUCUCGACUUAGAAUUGGUCGAGGUGGACGAUUACUAUACGAUCGUCGUUUGCCGAAAGAAUCGAAUGAAUUGUCAUCUGAAACAAAAUCACAUCUAGCUGAAAAACGUAUUCUUUGGCGUAUGCCAGCGAAACCAGAUUUAACCGACGAUUAUAAAUUACAUAACCAUCUGACAAUUAACAAUCAUGAUUUUGAUUUAUCACGUAAAAAAUUUACAAAUAAAUCGCAUACAAUAAUACGGGUUUUUAAUAAUACGUUAAUGUCGUUACAUUCUGAGACGAAUGAUUCAUCUUAUUCUGUGCAUAAACCCUCUAUUUCAACUGCAGGCAAAUUUUGCCCGUCGUUUUCAUCGACUAAUGCAUCAGUAUCAGCCGAAGAAAUAGAUCAGUCAUUUAUCGAACUCGAUCAUCCAUAUUCUUGUACGUCGAAGCGUAUUACUCAAGCGUUACAAACAUUGACUUCAACAUCCGAGUUGCCGUCAACUCCUUCCUCUACUAUACUGUCCCCAUUAUGUUUAUGCAUUGAUACACCUCCCACGCCCCCAUCAACCGACCCCGAAAACGAUCGAUCCAAAGCAUUUACUUUACCUCCUACGACGUCGAAUAUGUAUAAUUAUCCGACGACUCCUCCUUCAGUAAAUCAUCCGAAUGAUACAUCAACUGAUUCGUCAAAUACAAAUUUAACGGAUUCAAAGUUGUCAACUUUAUUAGCGUUUGGCAGCGGCCAAUCAUUGUCGUUACAUUCACGAUUUAAAAAUGAAUUAUUAAAUAAUAAAAAUAUGCGAUUAUUUCCAUCUACUUCGUCUACGACUACGUCUGAAAAUAAUAUUUCAUUGCUAUCGUCGACGGCGUAUGCUCAACUAGAACAACAACAACAAAUAUACAAUACAACUUCAUCUUCGAGCAACAAUAAUAACUUACUUCUAAAUCAAAUGCUAACGACAGCACUAUCAAACAGACUAGCUACAGUACAACCAAAUUUAACAUCAUUUUCACGUUCAGUUUCACAAACAGAUUCCUCUUCGUCCCACACAAAUUUUCCAUCCAUUCAACCGACAACAUCAACAACAUCACAUUUUUUACUUCGUGUUCCCGCACCCGGUUCGAUCAAUAAUCAAUAUAAUAAUCUAGCAACUAAUACACCAUCAAAAUCAUCAUUGUUUAACUCAACAACAACGAAUCAUCGGAAUGUUGUGAUUCCAUCCACUACGAACGAAACGAAAAAUGUUUUGUUACCCGCUCCAUUCACACUGUUUCAACAUAAAACAACAAAUGGUUAUAAUGGUUCGAUUUCAAGUUUUGUUGCUCCAACGGUUAAAUUAUCACCAAUUGAUUCGUCGUCGAUGAUAACUGAAGUGACAUGA